CUUGUCAUUCGAUGGGUACGUGCAUAAUAUUAUGACUUUUUAAUUACUUCAAUAUCAUGAGUCUAAACUAUAAAUUAUAUCAUGAUAUUGUAGUGUUAAUCAUUCAGUUAUUAUUCAUAAAAUCAUUACAACCAUAACCAUUUAACAUUCAUAACGAUAGAAUUAACAUUAGCGUACACUAGUAAAUAGCGGGCGUUGCUCUUAAAUGUUUGCUGGUCGAAAAUUAUUGCAACAGACAAUCACAUUAUUUUCCCAAUUCAGAAUGGCUUCAUCUAGUUCUUCGGGUUUUCGAGUGGCCUUACUGCAGUUAACCGUCACGGCUGAUAAGUCGAAAAAUUUGGCUAACGCAGUGAAGCGUAUACAGAAAGCAAAACUAAAUGGCUGUACAUUAGCCAUAUUACCUGAAUGUUUUAACGCUCCAUAUAACACUGCUCUGUUCAAAGAAUACUCUGAAGUUAUUCCUGGAGGUGAAACAUGUGAAGCUUUGUCUCAAGCUGCCAAAUCAAAUGAAAUGUAUAUUGUAGGUGGUUCAAUCCCAGAGACACACGAUGGCAAAGUGUACAAUACAUGUACAGUUUGGGAUCCAAAUGGAAACCUGAUAGCCAAACAUAGAAAAGUGCAUUUAUUCGAUAUAAAUAUUCCUGGUGGAAUUUGCUUCAAAGAAUCCGAUGCUCUAGCUGCAGGAAAUACACUAAAUACAUUUCAAUUAGGAAAAUUUAAAAUUGGACUAGGAAUUUGUUAUGAUAUACGAUUUGCAGAAAUGGCAACACUAUACAGAAAACAAGGUUGUGAUAUGUUAAUAUACCCCAGUGCUUUUAAUAUGACAACUGGACCUUUACAUUGGAGUCUAUUAAUUAGAUGCCGAGCAGUAGAUAAUCAGGUAUUUGUGGCUGUUGCUUCACCAGCUAGAGUUACUGAUUCUAAUUAUGUAGCAUGGGGUCAUUCCAUGAUUGUGGAUCCAUGGGGUAAAAUUUUAGAAGAAGCUACUGAAAAAGACAUGGAUUUGUAUGCGAAUCUCGACUUUGGUGAUCGGGAAAAAAUGAGACAGCAAAUACCCACUGAAAAUCAAAGAAGAACUGACUUAUAUGAUACAAUUGAUUUAAAAAAUAAAGUUUGAGUUUCAAACAUCCAUAAAAUAUAGUACAUUUUUUUUAAACCACUAUAAGUAAAUUAAAUGUGAUAAAGAUUUAGUUUGAUUACACAAUUUAUAAAUA